AUGGUCUGCCCCCAAGAUAAACAUUCAGCACUCCUGCCUCACGCAACCUCCACUAACACGCGGUCUACAGGCCAAGUCUCAUUCCACACACUUCAAGAGGCCUUCGGGCCACAGUCCCUCGGCAUCCUCGUCGUCAAAGGCCUGCCAGAAAACUUUGCCCAGUUGAGACUCCAGACGCUUUCAUAUUCAUCGUACUUGGGAAAUCUACCCAAGGAAGCACUAGAAAAGCUCGAGAACGCAAAGGCCAAGUACCUCACUGGCUGGUCCCUCGGCAAGGAAACGCUCAAAAACGGUCAAGUGGACACGUUCAAGGGCUCGUACUAUGCCAACUGCGCCUUUUACGUCGAUGCUUCUCUCGACUGCGCCAAGCCGACGACGGAGUUCUCCGAAGAGACGUUCCCAGAGUAUCUCUCUCCCAACAUAUGGCCAGGCGAGCAGGUUCUUCCAGGAUUCAAGUCUAGCCUUGAGGAUCUGUGCAGGCUAGUGAUUGAUGUGGCCGUGUUAGUGGCGCGGGCGUGCGAUCAGUUUGCUGAAAAGGAGAUUCAGGGGUAUCCGAAGGGAUACCUCGAGCAUGUCGUGAGCACGUCUACCACGACCAAGGCUCGACUAUUGCAUUACUACCCACAGACAGCAGAGCCUGGAAAAGAUAAAGACGGGGACGGGGACGACUGGUGCGCUACGCACCUUGAUCACGGGUGUCUUACGGGCCUCACAUCAGCCAUGUUUAUCGACGAGGAGGCGAGCCCACCAUUCGUUUCGGGAGGGAAGAGUCCGUUGGACAGCAAGCUUCCUCCACUUCAGGAGCUAGCGGCAUCACCCGACCCAGAGGCAGGGCUUUACAUCAAGUCCAGGACGGGCGAGACGGUGCAGGUCAAAAUCCCCCGCGACUGUCUCGCGUUCCAGACGGGAGAAACGCUGGAGAGGAUCACGGCAGGGCGGUUCAAGGCGGUGCCUCACUUUGUGAGAGGAGCGGCGGCGUCGGCGAGCGGAGGGAGCAUUGCGCGGAAUACGCUGGCGGUGUUUACGCAGCCGAACCUGGGGGAGGAGGUGGAUAUUGAGCAGCAUAUAACAUUUGGGGAGUUUGCGCGGGGGAUUGUUGCGAAGAAUACUGUUUCGUAA